AUUGUUUUUCUUUCACUGACAAACGUUUUAUUCUAUCGAAGAAAUAAAACAUUUUGUAUUACCAAGAAAACAAAUAAAAAGUCUGUAAAUAUUAAAAAAAGCUAAUAAAUGGUUAAUGACAGAAAACGUCGUUCACGUUCCCGCGAGCGUCACAUUGAUAAAGAACGCGAUAGAGACCGUGAGCGUGCAAGGGAUUCCCGCGGAGUUGGUGGAGACUAUGAUCGUCGUGCAGCCAGACGCACCCGUUCACGUUCCAAAGAACGCUCCGGUCGUGAACGCUCACCAGAACGUUCGCAAAAUCGUCAUCGUGAACGCAGUCGCGAAAGGUCCCGCUCUAAGGAACGGAUACGUGAUUCUGAUGCCUCGAAAUAUAAAGAUAAGAGACGUGAUGCUGAGGAAGACCUAAAGGCAAGAGAUGAAAAACAUUCGUUGAAAUUGGAGCAAAAGCUGAAAAAGGAAAAAGAGUUAAAAACCGAAGAUGAGGAACUGCUGGAGGAGAAUCGCAAGAUUAAAAAAUCAGAGCCAUUAUCGUUGGAAGAAUUGCUGGAAAAGAAGAAACGAGAAGAGGAAGCACGUGCCAAACCGGUGUUUUUGACGAAAGAGCAAAGAGCUGCCGAAGCUUUGAAGAGACGUCAAGAGGAAGUGGCCGCUAUGAGAGCAGCUCAAAGUGGGGUACGUGUGGGCAUAUCGGCAUCGAUAUCCGGCAUAGCUACCGCCUCCAGCAGUGGCAUUGAUAAUAGUUUUAGUGUAUCGGCGAAAAGGCCAGAACUAAAAGCUGAACGGCGACCAGAGGGUCGUGAAAGAGAUGGCCGUGAUAGAGAUCGUGAGCGUGAUUUUGAUCGUAGGGAUCGAGGCGGUGAUGACAGAAAUCGUGGUGGAGCCGGUGAUAGGGAUAGAGAAAUCAAGAGGGUGGAUGAUCUCUCUAACAAAGAUAAAGAAAAAGAGUUAGAAGCCAUAAGAGAACGUUAUUUGGGUAUAGUAAAGAAAAAGCGUAGAGUACGACGUUUAAAUGAUCGCAAAUUUGUGUUUGACUGGGAUGCUGCCGAAGAUACAUCUGUGGAUUAUAAUAAUCUCUACAAAGAACGUCAUCAUGUACAAUUCUUUGGCCGUGGCAAUGUAGCUGGUAUCGAUAUAAAGGAACAAAAACGUACUCAAAGUAAAUUUUACGGUGAUCUUCUGGAAAAGCGGCGUACGGAGGCAGAAAAAGAACAGGAAAAGGUUCGCCUUAAGAAGGUGAAACGUAAGGAAGACAAACAAAAAUGGGAUGAUCGUCAUUGGUCGGAAAAGGAUGUGGAUGAAAUGACUGAACGUGAUUGGCGUAUAUUUCGCGAAGAUUACAAUAUUACCAUUAAGGGUGGUAAAAUACCCAAUCCCAUACGCAGUUGGAAAGAAUCCGGAUUUCCGAAGGAGAUUUUGGACAUUAUCGAUCGUGUUGGCUACAAAGAACCCACACCCAUUCAAAGGCAAGCCAUACCAAUUGGUUUGCAAAAUCGUGACAUUAUUGGUGUAGCUGAAACGGGUUCGGGUAAGACGUUGGCCUUCCUUAUACCUUUACUCUCAUGGAUCCAGUCCUUGCCGAAAAUUGAACGUCUAGAAGAUGUCGAUCAAGGCCCGUAUGCCAUAAUUAUGGCUCCAACACGUGAAUUGGCUCAACAAAUCGAAGAAGAAACUACUAAAUUUGGUCAGCCACUGGGAAUUCGUACCGUGGUAGUUGUUGGUGGUCUUUCACGUGAAGAACAAGGUUUUCGCUUGCGUUUGGGUUGUGAAAUUGUCAUUGCGACUCCGGGUCGUCUGAUUGAUGUUUUGGAAAAUCGUUAUUUGGUAUUGAAUCAGUGUACAUAUAUAGUAUUGGAUGAAGCAGAUCGUAUGAUUGAUAUGGGUUUCGAACCAGAUGUACAGAAAAUCUUGGAAUAUAUGCCGGUGACAAAUUUAAAGCCAGACACAGAAGAGGCUGAAGAUGCCAGCAAAUUGAUGGAAAACUUUUAUUCGAAAAAGAAAUACAGACAAACUGUGAUGUUUACAGCUACUAUGCCACCUGCGGUUGAACGUCUGGCACGUACCUAUUUACGACGUCCUGCUACCGUUUACAUUGGUUCUGUGGGCAAACCUACAGAACGUACCGAACAAAUUGUCUACAUGAUGGGCGAAAAUGACAAACGCAAGAAACUUAUGGAGAUUCUCUCACGUGGCAUUGAUCCUCCAGUAAUUAUUUUCGUCAACCAGAAAAAAGGUGCCGAUGUUUUGGCUAAGGGUCUGGAGAAAUUGGGCUACAAUGCUUGUACACUUCAUGGUGGCAAAGGACAGGAGCAGCGUGAAUAUGCUUUGGCUGCCUUGAAAUCCGGAGCGAAGGAUAUGCUGGUGGCCACCGAUGUUGCUGGUAGAGGUAUUGAUAUUAAAGAUGUAUCAUUGGUUAUUAACUAUGACAUGGCUAAAACUAUUGAGGAUUAUACACAUCGUAUUGGUCGUACGGGCAGAGCUGGUAAAACUGGUUGUGCCAUAUCGUUUGUUACCAAAGAUGACAGCCAAUUGUUCUACGAUCUUAAGCAAUGUGUUAUGGCAAGUCCGGUAUCAGUAUGUCCACCGGAACUUAUGAAUCAUCCGGAUGCCCAACAUAAACCUGGCACAGUGGUUACGAAAAAACGUAGAGAGGAAAAGAUUUUUGCUUAAAAGCUUCCAAUUUAAUUUGAAUACAAGUGUAAUCAUUUAAAAGUAUGUCCAUAAUAAAUGGCAAUAAAUUUUGAAAGAAGUUUUUAGUAUAA